AUGUUGGCUGUAAAGAUACAUGAGAGGAACUUACGGAUCUUGAAACGCAACAACGGUGCCCAGGGACAACACAACCUGGCUGCCAAGUGGUUGACGGCCCGGACCCGGGUAGUUGUUGGCAGUGAAUGUGUCCGUUUUACUCGCCCGGACAGCAUGCCCUUGCCGAAACGCCCAAUUUCCUGGAUCACGCAAAGUGACGUGAUGUUGCAAAGUGGCAUGGGGAUGUUUUUCUUUUUCUUUUAUGACCAAAGCGAUGAGGAGUUGUUGUGCUAUACGGAUGGCAAGAUGGUCAUUGCUCUGAGACCUGUUACUGCCCUUCUAUUUGAUGGGCCAGGAAAGGGGAUGGCAAGUGUUGGCAAAAGCAAGACCCGCAGCUUCCAUUCAAAUGUGGAUGUGCCGAGGUUUGCUGGAAAAUUCCCAAGAAUGUUUAUCUCUUGA